AUGCCUUCUCUCAAGCUCGCUGUCCUGGCUGUUGCCACCGCCCUCGUCUCCACCGUCCGCGCCGACUACUACAUCCAGCCCGACUCGGUCCCUCUGUCCUUGCGUCAGUACUGGUGCUCCUCUGAGAUCAGCACAUGUCCCAUCAUCUGCGCCCAGAACAAGCCCUACAGCACCAAGACCAACACCUGCGAUCCUAAAACCCUCACCUACGGCUGUGUCUGCGGCGACGGCCUCCAGCCCAACAUCUCCGAGUACUCCCUCACCCUCCCCUACUUCGUCUGCGAGGAGUGGGGCAACCAGUGCGUCACGGCCUGCGCUGGUGACAACUCCUGCUCCAGCGACUGCCGUCAGAAUCACCCGUGCGGCGCCCUCGACCCCACGCGCGCCAACGCCAGUGCCUCCGCCUCUGCCACCGCCUCCAACACGGCCUCCGCAUCCGACACCAUCUACACCGGCCUCGGCAGCGGCAGCGGCAGCAGCUCCGGCUCGCCUAGCACCACCAAGACCAACUCGGCCGGCCGUUCCAUUGAGGUCACACGAGCACUCAUGGGCGCGGGUCUCACACUGGGCGGUCUUGCUGCCGGGUUUGCUCUGGCUCUGUAA